AUGACCUGGACAGCAUAUAACUUAGCCAAGACCGCGACUCAGCUUGGUGGUGGAAUGGCUUUCUUAGCACUAUUCGGUCUUUACUACUAUCAAAGCUCGCUAAUUUACCCCGCCUCGUUGAAUGACGGACAUGGUUAUUGUGCUACACCGGAUGAAUAUGGGAUGCCUUAUGAAGCAGUCAAACUCACCACAAGUGACGGAGAGACUCUUCAAUGCUACUCUAUGAAACAGGAUCGCAAGAGCCCCAACUACACAAACAAAACAGUACUCAUACUUUCGCCCAACGCGGGAAACAUUGGUCACAGUUUACCCAUUGCUUCCAUAUUUUACAAGAAAUUCGGCUACAAUGUCUUUAUAUACAGCUAUAGGGGAUACGGGCACUCAACAGGGGCACCAAGUGAAGUGGGGUUGAAGAUAGAUGCAGACACUGUACUUGAGUAUUUGUCUGAAAAUGACGAUCAGUACCACCAAUCUUCAAUAGUGUUGUAUGGACGAUCCUUGGGCGGGGCAGUUGCUAUUUACAUCGCUGCAACGAAGUCAGCGAACAUCGAUGGAAUGAUUUUGGAAAACACAUUUUUAUCAAUCCCAAAGACGGUGCCACACAUUUUCCCGAUUUUGAAGUACAUAACCAGUUUUGUGCAUCAGAAAUGGGACCUGGAGCUGCUACUUUCAAGCAUCUCACCAAAGCUCCCCAUAUUGUUGCUCAGUGCCCGAAAAGAUGAAAUUGUUCCACCACAACAUAUGGAUGAAAUCUACAGCCAGUUGCCAAGUGACUGUAAGGAGAUUGUCGAGUUUGAAAACAGUUCCCACAAUGACACUGUUUUGCAAGAGAGUUAUUGGGACACAAUUCAUACAUUUAUCAGAGACAAGGUAAACCCUAUCGGCUUUUAA